AAAUCGUUUUUUCUCCACUCAAGUCUCUCGCUGAAAUGGACUUAUAGUCGAGUCAUUUCUUCUCCGACAACAUAUCAUUCCUUGGUUUCGUCGUCAUAGUCUCUACGACAGAUUUCAAGAUUGCAUUUGUUUCCGACAUCAUCAGCAAACAUGGCAGAACCUUCAACAAAAAUGAAGAUAUCAUCCAUGAAGCCAGACUGGAUUCAGCUCCCUGAAGAGCUACUUUGCAUUAUCACCAAGAAACUGGAUAACUGUUUCGAUGUUGUUCAUGCUCGAUCUGUUUGCAGCUUGUGGCGAUCCACAUUUCCCUAUCCAUCUUGCCUACUACGCCCAAGUUACUCUUUUCCCACGUUUGGAAAGUUCCCUUACGUAAGCAAGAAACUGUGCACUCUCGAGAAGGUUCCGUUGUUCCUCUUUAGAGUCCAAACUCCUCUUGUUGCUGAUAAGUUCUUACUUGGAGGAGUAGGCCGAGAUAAGUCAGAGGAUCAUAUGAAUAUGAUGCUUCCAUCUCCUAUUCAGUGCUCAGUGAAAGUUGAAAUCCCAGGAUCUGAUCCAACCUUGAUGAACAUACAUGACAGCCAGAUCUUUCCUUUAGGCCACCAGUACAGAAUGAUCGGUUGGUAUCCAAACUCUAGGACAACAAAGUAUAGAGGCGUGGCUUUUCUUCCACUUAACAAGAACGGAAGUGAAUUCGUUGUACUCCUCAACUACACUAAUGAUUUGUUGAUGUUAAGAAGUGAUGAAAUGAGGUGGAUGUGCCUUAAAGAAACCUCAGAGGCUUCAUGCGUAGAUUUAGUCUCUUUUAGAGGCAGGUUUUAUGCAACCUUUCUAAAUGGGGACAUCUUCGCUUUCGAUCCUUACUCGCUGAUACGUACUCCCAUGAUGCCCGUGCCGGAUCGGAGGUCAUGCCAUCAUCUUGUUCAGUCUGGCGAUGAUGAGCUGUUCCUGGUCGGGCGUUUCAAUCCGUUUCCUGAAUCUGAUGUAAUAAACUUUAAUCGGUUUAUUUGUAUAGUGAGUAGACUAGAUGAAAAGGCUGGUGAAUGGGUCGUGGUCAGCGAUUUGGGAGACCGUGUGUUUUUUAUUGGACAAGUUGGAAAUGUCUGCUGCUUGGCUAAGGAGCUUCCUGAUGGUUGCGGUUUGAGCAAGAACUCAAUUGUGUUCACAGAUGAGCCAGGCAAUGUAACAUACGCCUACAAAUAUGGAGUGCACACAGAAAACGCAGAAGACGGCACUAAUUGUUGGAGAUUCUCAAGGGAGAAUCGUGUGACAAUCCUCAACACAUCGUCAAUGGUGGCUCUCCGGGUGGAGCGCCAAGCCAUAAAUGUUACUUUGGAUACCUAAGACAUCUGUUGGCUUUCAUGCAGUUCAGUUCUAGACUUUUAUAGCUUAAGACAAAUAUUUUGUUCUGUCUAGUAUUGACUCACCUUGUUUUUGUUGAAACAUGUGGAUCUUGGAAAAUGUUUCGAAUCCAUUAA